CCGCCCACUUUGGUAGGACGAGUCAUUUCCGUCCGCGGAGAAACAGAGGCAGCCGCCGGCCGAGUUGCGAGCAGAGCGCCUCCGGCAGGCCCUCCCUGGUCGGAAGCGGCGAGUGAGCCAAGCGGCGGGCAAGGGCCGGCUCCCAGGAUGGCCAAGGUGGAGGCCCAGGGCCGCCUGUGGCUGGAGAGCCCCCCUGGGGGAGCGCCUCCCAUCUUCCUGCCCUUGGGUGGGCAAGCCCUGGUGCUGGGCCGGGGACCCUUGACGCAGGUUACCGACCGGAAGUGCUCCAGAAACCAAGUGGAGCUGGUCGCUGACCCUGAGACUCGGAAGGUGGCAGUGAAACAGCUGGGAGUUAACCCCUCAACUGCCGGGACUCAGGAGCUGAGAACAGGGUUGGAGGGUUCUCUGGGGGUGGGGGACACGCUGUAUUUGGUCAAUGGCCUCCACCCGCUGACCCUGCGCUGGGAAGAGGCUCGCACGCCAGAAUCCCAGCCAGACACUCCACCAGGCACCCCUCCUGUGGCCCCGGAGGAGGAGGAGGAGGAGGAGGAGGCGGAUGAACAGCAGAAAAAGCGGAUAAGGAAGUCACCCCCUGGCUGGGAGAGCUUCCAGAAGCUGCUAGUGUUCACGGCACCUGGUGUGAAGCCCCGGGGCAAGGUGGCCGGUUUUGAUCUGGAUGGGACCCUCAUCACCACACGUUCUGGGAAGGUCUUUCCCACUGGCCCCAGUGACUGGAGGAUCUUGUACCGAGAGAUUCCACAGAAGCUCUGGGAACUGGCCGCCGAGGGUUACAAGCUGGUGAUCUUCACCAACCAGAUGGGCAUUGGGCGCGGGAAGCUGCCAGCGGAGGAGUUCAAGGCCAAGGUGGAGGCUGUGGUGGAGAAGCUGGGGGUCCCCUUUCAGGUCCUGGUGGCCACGCACGCAGGCUUGUACCGGAAGCCGGUGAUCGGCAUGUGGGACCACCUGCAGGAGCAGGCCAACGAGGGCGUGCCCAUCUCCAUCGGGGACAGCGUCUUUGUGGGAGAUGCAGCUGGACGCCCAGCCAACUGGGCCCCUGGGCGCAAGAAGAAAGACUUCUCUUGCGCUGACCGCCUGUUUGCCCUCAACCUGGGCCUGCCCUUCGCCACGCCAGAGGAGUUCUUUCUGAAAUGGCCCAUGGCCCGCUUCGAGCUCCCAGCCUUUGACCCGAGGACCGUCUCCUGCUCUGGGCCUCUCUGCCUCCCUGAGUCCAGCUCCCUCUUAAGCUCAGACCCCGAGGUGGUUGUCGCCGUGGGAUUUCCUGGGGCUGGGAAGUCCACCUUCCUCCAGGAGCAUCUCGUGUCGGCCGGAUACGUCCACGUGAACAGGGACACUCUGGGCUCGUGGCAGCGCUGCGUGACCAUGUGCGAGGCGGCUCUGAAGCAAAGGAAACGGGUCGUGAUUGACAACACGAACCCGGAUGUCCAGAGCCGGGCCAGGUACAUCAAGUGUGCCCGAGACGCAGGCGUCCCCUGCCGCUGCUUCCUCUUCAGCGCCACCCUGGAGCAGGCACGCCACAACAACCGGUUCCGGGACAUGACGGACUCCUCUCACAUCCCCGUGACCGACAUCGUCAUUUACGGCUACAGGAAGCAGCUCGAGGCCCCCACGCUGGCCGAAGGCUUCGCCGCUGUCCUGGAGAUCCCGUUCCGGCUCCACGUGGCGCCACAGCUCGAGCGGCUGUACCACCAGUUCUCAGAGGGCUGAGCCGACGCCCACCCCCCACCUGCUCCCCACCCCACAAUAAAUGCUCUUUUUCUUCA